GGGAAAUUAGCCACACUUAAAUAAUUCUCAAUACGAAACUAGCUAUAUCCGGAUGUCUCCUCAGCCUGAUUUGCGACUGUACCUAUUAUCAAUCUGCAUAUUACUCCUGUUUCCCCACAUCUAUGGGAGAAUGAAUGAUACCACACGAAAAUUGUUAUUAACUCUACAUAAUGACGCCAGACAAGCAGUUCGAAAUGGCAAACUGAAUGGACAACCUAAAGCUGUCUCCAUUAAACCAUUGAAAUGGAAUAUGGAAUUAGAAAGAAAAGCACAAAAAUUGUCUGAUCAGUGUCGCGUAGGACACGACACAGAAGAAGAACGUGAAACAUCGGAAUUUGAAUAUGUUGGACAAAACUGGGCAGGUGCAAGUAAGGUAAAAAUUGGAUUUCAGUUAUGGCUAUCUGAAUACAAGAGCUAUGAUUUCUCAAGGCAGAAAUGUCGUGCAAAGCAGUGUGGUCAUUACACCCAGAUUGUAUGGGAGAAAACUACCGAUCUUGGAUGUGGUGUAACUGAUUGCCCGAACUUUCCUUAUCGAUUGAGCAUUGUCUGCAAUUACGGCACAGGUUUCAGAGGUAAUUACAUUGGUCAUCCUCCGUACAAAACAACAAGAACACAAGUGAACAAUCUAAAGGUGAAAUAACAAGAAAGUGAUGCUGACGAUUAUGAAAGCUAAAACUCUAAAAUACCACGGUUACAAUACGUCACCGGGAAAUAAUAUCUUGAUGAAUCAAAUAAUUCUAACCAACUAUCAUUCUACUCCAUAUUAUGACUGUUCUAAAAUAAUUUCAAAACGACAGCUGUAAAAUAAACGAAAUGUCUCAACG